AUGGUUGUCACAAAGGUCGGGCAAUGGUCGAACGUGGAGGACGAGGUCCUAAAGGCGGCCAUCUCCAAGUAUGGCCUCAACCAGUGGGCGCGAUGCGCCUCCCUCCUGGCCAAGAAGACUGCAAAACAAUGCAAAGCUCGAUGGAACGAAUGGCUAGAUCCAGCUAUCAAGAAGACGGAGUGGUCCAGGGAGGAUGAUGAGAAGCUUCUCACCAUGGCAAAACUGCUUCCGACGCAGUGGCGCACCAUCGCUCCUAUUGUCGGACGGACCGCUACACAAUGCUUGGAGCGAUAUCAAAAGCUUUUGGACGAGCAGGAAGCGAGGGAGAGCGGUGAACUCGGUCUUGCUGGGCCUGCGGGCGGAGAGUCGGCCGCACCAACAGCGGAAGAUGUUCGUCGUUUGCGACCCGGCGAAGUUGACGCCUAUGCGGAAAGCAGGCCUGCUCGGCCGGAUGCGAUCGAUAUGGAUGAGGAAGAUAAGGAAAUGCUGUCAGAAGCGCGUGCACGAUUAGCCAAUGUAAGCGGGAAGAAGGCGAAGCGGAAAGCACGAGAACGGCAGUUGGAAGAGUCCCGGAGGCUGGCUCAAUUACAGAAACGCCGCGAGCUCAAGGCUGCGGGCAUAAACAUCCGGAUCACACCAAAGAAAGGCAAUCACAUUGAUUACAAUGCGGACGUUCCUCUUGAAAAGCACGUUCCUGCGGGGUUUUUCGAUACCACGGAGGAACUGGAGCGAAACGAGCGCCAGCGGGAAGCAUUUGAUCCACGGAAGCAACAACUCGCGAACAAGCGCAAGGCGGAAGCGCAGGCUGAGGGUGGGGAUAACAAGAGGAAGAAGAAUGAGAAGGGAUCAGGUGGGCUUGCAGCUUCCUAUGCGAAGGUCGCGCAGAUGCAGAGAAUCCGCGAAGCCGAACAGAGCAGCAAGCGACGCCCGCUCAAUCUCCCUGCUCCACAAGUAGGAGAAGCGGAGCUAGAAGAUAUUGUCAAGAUGGGCAUGGCUGGAGAGCGGGCGAUAACAGGAACGAGUAAUGACAAUGCAGCCACACAAGGACUGGUGGGGAGCUAUACGGGCCUAGUGCAGAGUACACCAAUCCGCACGCCGAUGGCGCCCAAGGAGGACGAUGUGAUUGCAAAUGAGGUUCGCAACGCGCGAUUGAGAACCGAAACACAAUCCGCACUGCUUGGAGGAGAUAACCCGGAUCUUGUUGAGGACCGGACACCGUCCACAUUGCCUGGGAAGGGUCCAAGGCACCCGAUUGUCACCCCGAAUCCCUUGGCUACUCCUUUCCGGCAAGCCAACGGUGGAGUUGGCGCAACUCCACUGCGACAAGGCCCGGGUGCCACUCCCUUCCGGACUCCCCGUGACACGUUGCAUUUGAAUGAAAGCGACGGGAUGCAACUUGUUGGGCAGACUCCUCGGGAUAUUCGACUCCGCCAGGAUGCCAUGAGGCGAGACGUGCGGAGCAAGCUCGCUGCGCUGCCAAAGCCCAAGGAGACGGAGUGGGAAUUUGAGGAACCGGAGGAACGACCCGAGGAACAGCCCGUUGAGCUGAGCGAGGAAGAUGCGGCCGAGCGUGAUAGGAGGGAGAAAGAGCUCCAGGCGGCAGCGGAGCGUGCGGAGUUUUCAAGGCAGUCCCAAGUUGUCCAACGUUUUCUUCCAAGGCCAUCUCUGGUGGACGUGGAUGCGAUGCUGAAGAGAGCAUCGGGAAUGUCGGAUCCGAUCACGAGGGAAAUUGAAACCGAGAUGGCACUCCUUAUCGCUCACGACCUGGCCAAGUUCGGGGGUGGCAAGGUCACUGGAACUGUCAAGCCUCUCCCAUCCAUGAGCGACGAGGCGUUUGAGGCGGCCAGGAUGGAGGUAGCGCUUGAGACGUCGACGACGAGUGAGAAGGAGAGGAAGGCAUUCCAUGCUGAGUUUGGCACUGCGUGGACCCAGUUGCACGGCUCGUCGAAGCUUCCCGGCCUUGAUGGUUACGAGGAGGAUGAGGUGGACGAGCAUCAACUGAUGGUGGAAGCGUUCGACAGCGUGCAAGACAAGAUCGUCGAGUCGGCACAGCAGGCCAACAAGAUUGAGAAGAAGCUGGCGUUGCACUUUGGGGGGUAUAUCAAGCGUUCCAACCUUCUUCAGCAGAAGAUUCGCGAUGCAUUCGGUGCGUUGGAGAAGACGCGAAUGGAGCUCGACACGGCGAGGACCAUGCAAUAUUCCGAGGAGUCGGCCAUCAGCAGGAGAUUGGAAGGGCUCCGCGACGAGGUUGCGCUGGUCAGCCGAAGGGAGAGGGAGGCUCAGGACCUGUAUCGGGCUCGGAGGGAUGAGCUCGGCAGCCUCAAGGAGCCGGUCAAUGGUGUACACUAA